UAUUUGAGUCAACGUGCUUGCGCCUGUGUUUUGUUCCUGUAGACAAAUCAUCAUGGUUACCACAACACAGGAAAAUGACGACCUCACCUGGACGUCAACCGUGACGGGUCUUCCCCAAAAGCGCUACUACCGCCAGCGAGCCCACUCAAAUCCUAUAGCAGAUCAUUGUUUCGACUACCCAGCUCGGCCGGAGGAUGUGGACUGGCGUUGGCUGUACCCGAGCAUGCGGGCUGACCAAGAAGUGAGUUUUGCCGACAUUGGCUGUGGCUACGGUGGCUUCCUAGUAACGCUAGGCGAAAUGUUUCCCGAAAAAAUCUCCAUUGGGAUGGAAAUACGUGUAAAAGUUUCGGACUAUGUGUUGGAUCGCAUUAAAGCCCUCAGACACAGGAGCUCGGAUACUGGUGCUUAUCAGAACAUCGCCUGCCUGCGCACCAACGCCAUGAAGUAUCUACCCAAUUACUUCCGAAAGGGCCAGCUUGAGAAGAUGUUCUUUCUCUACCCGGAUCCGCACUUCAAGCGCGCCAAGCACAAGUGGCGCAUCAUCAACCAGGCUCUGCUCUCCGAGUACGCCUAUGUUCUGCGCAAGGGAGGCUUAGUGUACACCAUGACUGAUGUGGAGGAUCUGCACAUUUGGAUUGUGUCACACAUGGAGGAGCAUCCGCUGUACGAGCGUCUGACCGACGAGGAGGCAAGUACGGAUCCGAUCACACCGAGGCUAUACCAGAGCAGCGAGGAGGGUGCCAAGGUCGCACGCAACAAGGGUGACCACUUCUUGGCUAUAUUCCGCCGCCUCUAGGGCAGCGUCCGAUUUAUUAGCAUAUUAAUAAUAAAUAACAAAUUAAGAAUAAAACAGACACUAUUCAU